CAACAGAGAAAGAUGACAACCACUCUCUUAUCCCUCCCAUCAAUCUUAGCUCUAGUGAUGCUGGCGGCGAUCAUGCCGUGCCGGGCCGAGUUCACGGUGGUCCUGCCGGACUCGUCGGCCCUCGUCGACGCCCCCCAGAACGGGUUCUCCAACUUGGCCCGGACCGACCCGGCCGAGCAGCGCGCCGUGUACGAGAUCAUGGCGGCCACCGGCAAUGCAUGGGCCACCGCCAUCCCAGACGUGUGCCGCGGCCGGUGGCAUGGAAUCGAGUGCAUGCCCGACCGCAAUGACGUCUAUCACGUCGUCUCCCUCUCCUUCGGCGCCCUCUCCGACGACACUGCUUUCCCGACCUGCGACCCCGCUCAUGCCACCCUCUCCCCAGCCCUCCUCCACCUCCCCUACCUCCGUUCCCUCUUCCUCUACCGCUGCUUCUCCGGCGACCACCCCCAGCCGAUCCCGACCUUCCUCGGCGGCCUUAGCCCCGCCCUCCGAUCCCUCGUCCUCCGCGGGAACGGCCAUGUGGGGCCAAUUCCGGCCGAACUCGGCAACCUGACGUCCCUCCGAGUGCUCGAUCUCCAUGGCAACCAAUUGAGCUCUUCCAUCCCCGAGUCCCUCCAACGGCUAACUCAUCUCCUGUUUCUGGACUUUAGCUAUAACCAAUUGAGCGGACCAAUUCCGAGCCUUAGAAAUCCCACCUUGAACGUCCUGGACCUCAGCCAUAACUUCCUCCACGGCCAGAUCCCGGCCACCUUCGGCCAAUGCGAUUCCCUCAUCAAACUCGAUUUGAGUAGGAAUCGCCUUACAGGUUCCAUUCCAGACUCUCUCGGCAAUCUAGCGAGCUUAAUUCUACUUGAUUUGAGUCACAACUCACUCUCCGGUCCUCUGCCGACCUCUCUCGGAAAAUUGAUUUCCCUGAGAGCACUAAUCCUCAAUGGGAAUUAUAUGAGCUCGGCGACGAUUCCAGAGGAUGGUUUCGCUGGGCUAAAAGAGUUGAUCACGUUGGUUCUAUCCAACAUGGGGCUGCAAGGACCGAUACCAGAGUCCAUCGGAGGAUUGCUGAGCCUUCGAGUUCUCCAUCUCGAUGGCAACAAGCUCAAUGGUUCGAUACCGCAGAGCUUCCGGAGAUUGGAGAAGCUCAGUGAAUUGAAGCUGAACGAUAACCGGCUGUCGGGGCCAAUUCCUUUCAGUAGGGAGAUGCUAUGGAGGAUGGGGAGUAAGCUGAAGGUCUAUAACAACUCGGGGCUUUGUUAUGAUGCGAGUAAUGGAAGGUCUGAGGGCAUUGAUUCGAUGUCGGGCAUUAGUUAUUGCGAGCCACAGACCAAAAAGGUGGUGGUCGGAGCUGCGAGCGCUAGUAUUAGCGACCGCAAGACGAAGCAUCUGUCGUCGAGGACCAAUCGCAGGCCACCUACCAGACUGAGCUCCCAUGCUCCAACUCAUAGAUCUGGAAUUCUCCGACUGCUUGUUCCGAUCGCUGGGCUCCUGCUCUCUGUUCUUCCAUUGUUGUAACCUCCUUUUGAGCACCGUGGACGUACUGGUUGUACGUGUAGAUACAUCUUUCUCCAGAGAAUGUAGCAAGCACCGGAAAUGUUUAAAAAGUACAAUUACUGCGUUUCCUUA